AUGUGCCCUGAUGGCACAACCGACUACAAACCACUACGUGGUCGGCCGAGAGACAUCAACGGGACGCAUAUACAAGACAUUCCUCUUACUUGGGGCAACUGGUACAAGAAGGUUGACUGGCUCAACACCACCUUUAUCAUCUUCAUCCCUGCCAUUGGGCUAAUGUCGUCGUAUUGGGUGGCCCUUCAUCCAUAUACUGCAAUCUUUUCCGCCAUUUACUACUUCAACACCGGCCUUGGCAUCACAGCAGGGUAUCAUCGUUUGUGGUCCCACCACUCAUUCAAGGCCACCCUACCUCUACAAAUCUACCUGGCCGCAAUGGGCGCUGGUGCCGUGGAAGGUUCCAUCCGAUGGUGGGUAAAAGGCCAUCGUGCGCAUCAUCGGUAUACCGACACAGACCAGGACCCUUACUCUGUCAACAAAGGCUUUCUAUACUCACAUCUUGGCUGGAUGGUGAUGAAACAGAAUCCCAAGCGACUUGGCCGUACGGAUAUCUCAGAUCUCAAUGAGGACCCUGUCGUCGCCUGGCAGCACUGCCAUUUCUUGUCCUGUGUGGUCGUCAUGGCCAUUGUGUUUCCGACGCUCAUCUGUGGCCUGGGCUGGGGCGACUGGAGUGGCGGGUUUGUCUAUGCAGGCAUCCUCCGUAUUUUUACGGUACAGCAAGCUACUUUCUGUGUCAAUUCGUUGGCGCACUGGCUUGGGGACCAGCCCUUUGAUGAUUGCAGGUCUCCUCGGGAUCAUUUCGUCACGGCUCUCAUCACGCUCGGAGAGGGCUAUCACAACUUCCACCAUGAGUUUCCGUCAGACUAUCGGAAUACUAUUGAAUGGUGGCAGUAUGAUCCUACCAAGUGGGUCAUUAUGAUCUGGGAGUUCUUUGGCCUCGCCUACGAUCUUAAGCAGCUACGGUCCAACGAGAUUGAAAUGGGCCGUACCCAGCAACUGCAGAAGAAGCUAGAGCACAAACGAGCUGCCAUUGACUGGGGAACGCCUUUGGGACAACUCCCUGUCAUUGGUUGGGACGACUUUAUCAGACGGAGUAAGGAAGGCGAGGCCUUAGUAGUCAUCGCCGGCAUUGUCCAUAACGUGGCGGAUUUUAUGAAGGACCACCCUGGAGGCAAGGCCCUGAUCAGUUCUGGUAUUGGCAAAGAUGUUACUGCCAUCUUCAACGGCGGCGUGUACAACCAUUCUAACGCUGCGCACAACUUCCUAUGCGCCAUGAGAGUCGGUCUCUUGCGAGGGGGCUGCGAGGUGGAGGUUUGGAAGCAUCACAUCAAUGACUUGGCUGGUCAUGGCAUUAGGCCUGCAGGAGGGCAGGCCACCAAGAUUGUCCAGCCCAUUCAGGGUGCCGAAACGGCCUAG